AUGGGAAGAGGUAGAACAAAAGGAAAGAAGCUAUUGAACGGUAACCAAGACGAUCCAAAUAGCGGUGAGGAAGAGAAAAUUCCUGCUCAGAGAAAAAGGGGAAGGCCGCAAAAAUCACCUAAGGACGAAAAAGAUGAGAUAAACGAAGCUCAAAAACAGGAAGACGAAGAAGAUAGCGAGGAUACAAAGAGUGUAACAGGACAGAAUGGGAAAAGGCAGAAAAGGAACGGGCCUGUCAAGGAGAACGAUGAGUUGGUGAAGGAUGACAAUGUUAACGGAAAUGGGAGGGGACCGUGCAAUGAGGUGUCGACUAAAUCCAAUGGUUUCCGCCAUAGUGGGAGCAGGCGAAAGAACAAACCACGUCGAGCGGCUGAGGCAGUUAUCGAAUGCAACUGA